CAAGUGCGCGAAGGGCGGCGCGGCGGGCGAUGGUCUUUUCCUUGCAGGCAUCUUUUCUGACAACUAAGAUAACUGGGUCCUGAUAAGCCGGUUUUCUGUUGGUACAGUUAUUCUAUACUAGUGAACUUUGUCAUUUUACAUAUGGAGAAAACUUUAACGGUGUCGUGACAAAGGAAUAGUAGAUUUACUAUUGUUCUCAAUAUCCGCCGAGCAUACGAAGAGAGCAGCUGAGGAGAGUGUUGCUUGCCUAAACUGAAGAACAGGAACUGCAUCUGAACUCGAAGAAGUUACCGGUUUCCGCCUUUCUAGUAUUCUUUCUGUAGUCAAGUCUCAUGCCUAUAGCUACGACGUUGUUAACCCACGCUGAGACGUGGCUGCGUCGUCUGGACUACCUGUUCAAGCCCGGGACUGUGGUGCUGGGCGCCGCAGCCGCUUUUCUGUGCUACCGGUGGAGAAAUAAAGGCGAGACCCCCAUUCUCGUCUGUAGUGAUGGCUUCAGGGAGUUCCUGGAAAGAUGUUGUCCGGCAGUAAAAGAGCGGUACCGUCCCACACCAUGGUGCUGGGGUGGGAGACUGCAGACCCUUGUGAGGGUUGUCAUCAAAUCAAGCCCACAAGUCACCUACAGAAAUGAACUGAUUAAAACUUUAGACGGAGGCCAGAUUUCUCUUGACUGGGUAGAUAAUUCAGGAAGUGUACACUACCCCAAUUCCACCACCCGUCCAACAGUUUUGAUCCUUCCAGGGCUCACUGGGAAUAGCAGCCAAACAUAUGUUCUUCACGCUGCGAGUCAAGCAACCCGCCAUGGCUACAGAGUAGUUGUUUUUAAUAACAGAGGAUUUGGAGGGGAAGAACUUCUGACUCCAGUCACUUUUUGUGCAGCUAAUACCUCAGAUUUAGAACAUGUGGUUUCACAUAUCAAACAACAGUUUCCUCAGGCCCCUCUCAUGGCUGCAGGUGUUUCACUUGGUGGGAUUUUGCUGCUGAAUUAUCUUGCUCGAAUGGGCAGAAAAUCAGGAUUGUUGGCAGCAUUCACUGUAUCAGUGAGUUGGAAUACUGUGGAAUCCUGUGCUUCCUUGGAGAAGCCACUAAACAAAAUCCUCUUUAAUCAUCACCUUGCUUCUAACCUUUGCCAGACUAUAACAAGACACAGAAAAGUCCUGGAGCCAGUUAUUAAUGUGGACUACAUUCUUAAGUCUCGCACAAUCCGAGAAUUUGAUGAGCGAUACACAUCAGUGAUGUUUGGCUACAAGACUUGUAAAGAUUAUUAUCACGACGCUAGCCCUUUCUACAAGCUCCCCUCGACUACUAUCCCUGUGUUAUGUCUCAAUGCUGCAGAUGACCCAUUCUCUCCAGAGCACACCAUUCCUGUGGAAUCUGCUCGACGGUUGCCCAAUGUGGCAUUGGUCAUCACAGCUCAUGGUGGUCACGUUGGCUUCUUGGAAGGCUUCUUCCCACAAGGAGAAAGUUAUAUGGAUCGUCUGUUUGGGCAGUUUGUUUGGGCAGUGUUUGAACAUGGGAAGGAUCUGGCAGAGAUGUGUAUCACCAAAAACUGAAACGUCUGCAUGUCCAUCUAAUGUCCCAACUACUGCUUCUUCACAAUGAUCUUGGUAAUCUGUUUAGCACUUAUACAAGGGUUAUACAAAAAGUAAGAGGGCCAAACUUAUCAUUGACAAUGGGUAACAAAAUUAAACUUUUUGUUUUGUCACAUGGAUCAACGUAGGUGAAUCUUACAGUAUCUAUCAUGGUGAAUUCAAAUAUCUAAUCAGAUCUCUGUCAUGUGAUACACUAUAUGUAUAAAGUAUAGAGGCUGGGAGCGUCUCACCUAAAAAGUAGAAGUGUACAGUUUUCUGCUGUACUUGGCCUCAGAAAUAUCCAUCUUAAGGCUCCAACAGUAGACAUCAAGCAUACUGGGACUUGCCUUGGCAUCACUUUUCCAUGUCAGUAAUGUUCUGAUGAAACUGUUCACCGUGCUUGACUGCUCAGAGAUUUCUAGGAAAAAAGUUUUAAAUGUUUAGAAACAGCCAAAAAAAAUUAAAUGCUGAACUUAACUUAAAAAAAAUGUCUGAACCCUAAUAAGGAUUUAUAUACUAAAUAUACAGACUAAAACAAGACAUAGCUAAAAAACUAACAGUAAUAGAAACAUUUGGAAUACGUUUCAGCAUGAAAAACCACUUUUAGAACAGCCCACGUUGUUCUGUGACGCAAUCUUUGUUAACCAGUGUUACCUAAGCACAAAUGUUGAGUUUAUUACUGAAUGUGUUAACUCUUUUUCUACACAAUAUUUUUAUUCAUGAAACUGUUCCCAAUGAGGGAUUAUCCAUGCAAUAUUCCGUCCAAUUUACGAGAGCAGCCGGUCAUUGCAUCUUGCCCAUCAUUAUCAUGCCUAAGUCUGUCCGUUGAUCCAUGUAGUUUCAAGUCCGUUUAAUCCACUGCAGGAGUGGGCUGAUCAGAGCCCCUCUCUUAACAACAGUGAACUCUGGACAGGCCAUUAGUCCAUUGCAGGCACUCAUACUCACUCAUAAGGGGCCAAUUUAGAGUCACUAAUGUUCAGCAUUUGUGGUGGUGUUUGGAAUGGCAGUGAAAAUCCCGGGGCACUAAGUUAACCCAGCGAACAGCACUCUUAAUGGCCUCCCAUUAGAUAUUUCUGAUUUCUUCUUGCAUGUAGGGUCAUAUAUUCUGCUAAAUUUUAUGUAUUCAAUGCAAACUCACUAUACAUUUACAAUAAGUCAAAAUGAGUAUCAGUUUCAUGUUUUUGCAGUCACGAAACACAUAACUGCAUGCCAUUUAAAUCAGUGCCUCCACUUUCCUUGGGACCUGCCUAGGACAGACUAAACCAUUAAAGCAUUGCCUGUUCAACUCCUAAUUAUGACCAUUUUUACCUGUACUCGUACUGUUUGAAUAACCCUUGCUGCCUGUACUGUAUCAUUUUGUUUUAUUUAUUUAGUUAAACAUUGAAAGAGCUUAUGGUAUAAUAAUGCUAUUGAUGAUUAGUGCAAAGAGUUGUGAUACGUUUAAAACAAGAAAAACACAAGCAUAUGUUGUGUAGCUGUUUAAGAUUAGAAUGAUGCAGCUUACCAUGAAUGGUGCUAUAUCAAAUGAACAGUAGUUUAGUUGGAAUUGGGCAGCACAAUGUCCACAGUCCUGGGCUCAUAUCUCUGUGAAGAUGACAAUUUCUCCCUGUGUUACCAAGUGCUGUGGUUUUCCUCUCAUAUGACAAAGUUGUGUGGCUUAAGCCAGUAGGUGACUCUAAGUGAAUGAAAGUGCCUAUAUGUGUGACUGAACCCUGUGAUGGACUGGCACACCAACCUAGAAUGCUUCCUGUCCUACUGCCAGAGCUGCCAUAAUAGAUUCUAAAACACCACAACCCCAAACUGGAUUAAGUAAAUUUGAAUAUGACGGGAUAGAUUAACAGUAUUCUGUGUUUUUUUGGUGUUCAGAAGCCAUUAGAAAGGGCAAACAGGAUGUUAGGUUAUAUAGCACCCUGAUUUGUAGAGUACAAGUCCAGGAAAGUUCUGCUCAAGCUUUAUAACCCAUGGGUGAGGCUCCUUCUGGAGUACUGUUUGCAGUUUUGGUCUCCAGGCUACAAAAAAAGACAUAGCAGCACUAGAAAAAGUCCAGAGAAGAACAACUAGGCUGAUUCCAGGGCCGCUGGGGAUGACAUCGGAGGAAAGAUUAAAAGAGCUGAGCCUUUUCAGUUUAAGAAAAAGAAGAUUAAGAGGAGACAGGGUUGAAGUGUUUAAAACUAUGAAGGGAAUUAGUACAGCGGAUUGAGACCUUGGUUUUAAAAUGAGUUCACCAAGACCACUGGGACACAAUUGGAAACAUGUUAAGGGUAAAUUUCACACAAACAUUAGGAAGUUUUUCUUUACACAGAGAGCCAUAGACACUUGGUAAUGGUAAACAGUAGGACUUUAGGGACUUUCAAAACUAGAUGAUGUUUUUUUUAGAAGAAUUGAGUAGGUAGGACUGGCAAGCUUUGUUGGGCUGAAUGGCCUGUUGUUGGGCUGAAUGGCCUGUUCUCGUCUAGAUUGUUGUAAUGGAAUAACUGGAAGAUUGGUUCAUAAUCUGUCUAAUCUACUGUACUAUAGCAAUCACCUGAUUUCAUGUUAAGCUCUUACUCAUAAUUUGAACGGGCCUCUAAACAGUUUCUUGUGUGUGCUUUUGAGCUGAACAAGUUAAUUAUUUAUAUCUGUAUGGGUAUCAGUAAUGUUAAAAAAUAGCUGUGGUUUUUAAAUAUGCACUGUGAUUCCCACUUUAUUAAUGUUUAAGAUGAUUGCCUUAGCAAGCUAGACAUUUUGACUGAAAAGCAAACUCAGCUCUUUUGCCAUGGACAAAACAAUAAGUACGAGGCUAAAUCAAAAGGUAAGAGCAAUGUGAAAACUACCACAAUAGACAUAAGCUGACACAAUACGUGUUCACAAUGGCUUAUGGGUAGUUUGAAGUCGUACCGCACAGCACUCUGCCAUUAGUCUAGGUCUAGUUGAAGUCAGGGUCAAAUUAACAUGGACAACCCUAGUGAGAAUUUUUAGGAGUGCAACCUGCUGAAAUUCACAGAAGGAUGAUUGUCUUGUGCAGAUCUGUAAACUGUUGGGGUACCCAUCUUGCACAAACUUUCUAGUACCCCAAAUCAUGCUGCACUAUGGCAGGGGCCCCCAACUCCGGUCCUGGAGGGCCCCAGUGGCUGCAGGUUUUCAUAUUAACCCUUGUCUUAAUUAGUGACCUGUUUUUGCUGCUAAUUAACAUCUUUUGAAUGAAUUUUAUUUGACUUGCUCUUGAAAACUCAGACCCCUUAAUUGUUUCUUUUUCCUUAAUUAGAAGCCAAACAAUAAUAAGAUACAAAAUGAACCAAAACAACUGGUGUCCAUCAUACAAUAUCUGAAAAUAAUGAAAGAUCUCAGGAAUGCUGAUCUCCUCAGGUCCCCAAAACAUUUUAACAGGGCUCUCUUAGAAAAGAGAAAAAUCAACACUUUCAGAAAUGUCUGCUAUUGCACAAUGAGAGCAGCAACAAGCCAUGGAAUUAAUGAACGGGUUUAAUUAACAACAAGAAUCAGAGCCUAAUGAAGCAACUGGUUGGUGUUUGAGGCCCUGACUUAGUUGGUCUUCUGUUGGCUCACUCACUUCUCAUUUCAUUUCUGUUUGGGUGCCAUUUAAGGAAAGAAAUUAAGCAAUUCAGGGAAACGAUGAAGAAAUUCAGGGGAACAAAUCUUAGAAAACUUGUCCAUUAAAGUGAAAGGAAAAGGAAUUAAUUAGCAGCAAAAACAGGUCACUAAUGAAGAAGUGGGUUAGAAUGAAAACCUGCAGCCACUGGGGCCCUCCAGGACUGAAUUUGGGGACCCCUGAGCUAGAUGCAUCCCCUGCCAAACAAGUUUCACUGCAUAUUCAAUUUUUACACAAAUUGCAGACUCCUCAGUAGAGCAGGCCAGGAUUUUGAUUUGGAGCUGUGAUACAACAGUGUUAAUCACUGUGCCAACAUCAUUUUCAAACAUUUUUAAACUGACUUAAAACCACUGAAGGUCACAAAACUGAAAGCUAUAGUAGCAUGCUAGAUGGGGUGACAGUCCAUCACCGGACCCACUCACUCUCACACCCAAACUUACUAACAGCGUCAUAAAUUAAAAUGACCUGCACGUCUUUGAGAUGGGGGAGGACAACUGGAAUAUCCAGAAGAAAGCCCACAAGUAAACUGGGAGAAAAGGGAACCUUCACAGUCGGGGACUGGGUGCAGAAAUCUUGCUAAUCACAGUGCUACCUCAGUUCUAAUUUAAUAAGUUCUUCUGUUUAUAACUUUGCACCAUUCUGUAGCAAUAUUACAAAACAAAAAAAGAAUGCAAUAAAAAAUAUUUGCAGAAGUAAAUCGGACACUUUCUAACUGAAAUAUAGGUAGCUCAGAAAAAAAACUCUUUCAGGAUGUUAUUUAUUAUUCUUUUAAAUGUGAAUAAAUUUUGAUGUCAGGAGAAAUAAUAAACCACUCAUUACUUAAUAUGUUUUCUUUAAAUAUCAGAAUGACAAAACAUAAUUAAAAGCCUGUAAUGCAGCAGAUAUCCUAAUAUGAUGGUCAUUCAUGAAAUUGCACUGAUUACAUAACCUGCUUUCCCUAGUGGCUUAGAAAUAUACCCGACAAAAUUUAUUGUGUUAGUUAUGGAAGGAUUUGGAAAUAAAGUAAAAAAAAUUAAUAACAUUUCACUUUAUUGAAAUGGGGACUCCAUGUGGCUGCAAGUUUUUUUCCCCCCACUGCUUUUGUUGGACUCCUAGCCUAACAAAGAAAGUGGUUUUGAUGCUUUAGGGUCAAUGUAGAAAUCAGAAAACUAAGCUUGGUGAAUAAUUUAUUUGACCCUAUUAAGCAUUCAUAUGUGUUAAAUGGAGAUAAUUUAAUAUUUUUUGUUUUCAAGAUAGCCAUUAUCGUUAUGAUUUACAUUAUGUGUUUCUAGCAGAAUCCGUUCAUUUAAUUAACCAUAAUGACGUGGAAGUAGCAGUCUCCAGCAUUCAUUCAGUGUUGUUUGCUCAAGUUUCUGCUCUGCUCAUUGUUAACUGUCAUUAUUAGGAUACAGUUAAGGUCAUAUACUGCACAGACAAAAAAACAAAUAUACAGCAAAACAACAGAAAAGCUAUAGCAAAAAUACAAAUCAUUCAAAAUUUGUAGAAAUGUAAAAAUCACCAUGCUGUGUGCUCUUCUGAAUUAAGAUUAAGAGAAGAGAAAAAAAAACAGCCUAUUACAUGACGUCAGUUAGAGGCAAUGCAAUCAAAAACCUGCACAAACAUGGGGUCCCCAGGACUGAGUUUGAAAACUAAUUACAUAUAAGUGUAGAAAGACUGCAGUUUGCAUUUUUUAUUAUCCUGCUAUGUUUUCUGCACUGAUUGAUUUACAUGAGUGAUAUUUUUAAAAUGUAUCUUUUAAGGUCAGUAAGGAGGACACUCUCCUCACCUGCCGGGCUGUGGUAUUAAAGCAUGACAAGUCCACUUGUCAUCUAAUUAUGUAUGUAUCCCUCUCCCAUCCUUAUGGACAUGAUGGUGAGGGGGUGGUGGCCAGAUGUUUGUAGAAGUCAUCAUCCUCUACUUCUCAACCGUCAUAUAGGCUAAGCAUCAGCUCAAUGAAGGAUGUCCAUUUCUAUUGAAGUGCUCUGUGUUUUAAAAGUGAUGCUUGCUCUUAUCGAAAGGUGCUUUUCUGUACUGGUGCUAACAGAAGUGCUUUAUUUCUACUAGUCAAUGCAUUUUGUACUGUUUCAUGAUUCUGUUUGCUUAUGUUAUUUUUCUUAUGUUCUUAUGUUGCCUGCAUUCUUUAGCUUAUAUUUAAAAUAAACCUUUUACUUAU